AUGUCCGUCUGGAACCCAGACAACAUCCGCGACGUCGCCGAGUCGGUCGGAAUCACCAGCCUGAGCAACGACGUGACCGAGAACCUCGCGCGCGACGUGGAAUACCGCAUUGCCCAGGUCCUCGAAGAAGCACUCAAGUUUAUGCGACAUGGCCGACGCACCCUGCUCACAACACAGGAUAUCUCGCAUGCUCUGCGCGUGCUGAAUGUUGAGCCUCUCUAUGGAUACGAGUCGGCGCGUCCAUUGCGCUUUGGAGAAGCUUCCUUGGGGCCGGGACAGCCUUUGUUUUACGUUGAGGAUGAAGAGGUUGAUUUUGAAAAGUUGAUUAAUGCGCCUCUGCCAAAGGUGCCGAGAGAAGUGACGUUUACUGCACACUGGCUUGCCGUCGAAGGAGUACAACCUUCGAUUCCUCAGAAUCCUACCUCGAACGAAUCGCGGAAUUUGGAGCUGGUUUCAAAGGGACCCAAUGCCAACCCGAACUUGGCUGCUAUGAGCGGCAACCAAAAUACCACGGUCAAACCGCUCGUCAAGCAUAUCUUGUCCAAAGAGCUACAGCUCUACUUUGAAAAAGUAUGCAGCGCCUUCUUGGACCCAUCGAGCGAGGAGUAUCGCACCUCGGCGUAUUCGAGCUUGAGAGAAGAUCCGGGCCUGCACCAGCUUGUGCCCUAUUUUGUGCAGUUCAUCUCGGAGAAGGUCACACACAGCUUGAACAAUAUUUUUGUUUUGACGCAGGUGAUGCGGUUGGCCGAGGCGAUGAUUCAAAAUCAAUCGCUCUACAUUGACCCAUACGUUUCUGCUCUUGUUCCGCCUGUUCUCACAUGCCUUGUUGGGCGCCAGUUUGGGGGUAGCAACGCAGAGCUCAGCGAGCAGUUUGCAUUGCGUGAUCUAUCUGCCGCUCUCCUGGGGAUGAUUACGAAGAAGUACUCGCACGCUUCACACACGCUCAAGCCGAGGAUAGCGCGUUCGUGCUUGAAGAAUUUCCUCGAUCCUGCUAAGCCGUUUGGAACGCACUACGGUGCUAUUCUUGGACUACACUCGAUCGGCGGACCUGAUGUUGUGCGCGAACUGAUCGUCCCCAAUCUCAAAGCCUACGAGAAACUUGUCCGCGAAGCAAUCAUCGAAGAGGGCCCGCGACGGCCCGAGGCCGAGAAAGUCGUGAGCUUGAUAUUAGCUGUCCUCGCGACCCUGCAGAAGGACCACACGCAUCUAACCAAUGGUGACGCAGCAGUUGUCACAGACGAACUUCGCGAUCGGCUGGCGGAGAAGAUCGGCCAGCUGCUUGCGUCAAGAAUCGCGGAGGCGGGCGAGGUGCAGCUGGCCCAUAGCAUCCUGGCCCAGUAG